CACCGAACGCUAUUUGAACGUGAAGCGAGUUGUUCAGUGUCCACGUUGCGUUGUUGCCAUCAGGGCUGCAAUGACAUAUGGAAUUCAUAGACUAGCGAUGAAAGUUGGAUUACUACAAAAUACUCUUUAAGCAGUUAACUCUGAAGAUGAUCGUAGAGAAUGUGGAAGCUUUAAAGUCAUGGCUUGCCAAACUCCUGGAGCCCAUAUGUGAGGCAGAUCCUUCCGCACUGUCCAGCUAUGUAAUUGCUUUAGUGACGAAAGGCAAACCUGAAGAAGACCUGAAGGCUCUUUGUACAGAUCAGCUGGAUGUCUUCUUACAAAAAGAGACUGACAGUUUUGUAGAUAAACUCUUUGAAUCUUUAACCACCAAAAGCUACUUGGGGACCCCAGUAAAGGAAGUUCUAACCAAGGAUACCUCCAUACUUUAUGCUGGAAAAUAUGUGGGGGCGGAGGAGGAGGUCGGCCAUGUUGACGUCAAGAGUGACGGCGGAAGAAACAGAAGUCCUUUGAGAGUCCACUCCGACUGUAACGGGUCAAGGACUCGUGAGGGCCGGCGAACAGACGAGCGUAAACGGCGGGGUGAGGAUCGCUUCAGAAAGAGAGCCGAGCCGCGCAGAGAACGCCGCGACUGCACCGCCAACCCCGCCAGCCCCACCAGCCCCGCCAACAGGACCCGCAGUCGCAAUAGGAGCUGCAGCCGCAUGAGUGGCAGUCGCUUUAGGAGCUGCGGCCUCACGAGUAGUCAUCGCAUUAGAAGCUGCAGCCGCAUGCGGAGCCGCAGUCGCAUUAGAAGCUGCGACCGCAUGAGGAGUCAAAGUCACAAUAGGAGCUGCAGACACAAUAGGAGCUGCAGACACAAUAGGAGCUGCAGUCGCAAUAGGAGCUGCGGUCGCAGCAGAAGCAGAAGCAGGGGCAGGACCAGGAGUGGAGACGGGGGAAGCUGGCGAGGCAGAGAACGUCGGCCAAAGCUUGACAAGCAGCGGAAGGAUCCGGAAGGCUCUACUCCUGCCCCAGGGUCAUCAUGUGAUCCCCCACAACAGCGACGGUGGCCACGCCCCCAGCGCCCCCCUUGCUCGGGGAGCCCUGUCACCCCCAGCUCUGUUGCCGUAGCGACGCCUGCUCACCUGCCUGACAGCACCACGGAGAGCUGGCCGGGUCCCUGUUCCAAUCGCGGUGAGGACAAGUCCCUCCACAAGGGGGCAGCACUGAAGCAGCGUUGUCAUGACUACAGUGACAAAGGCUUCAGCGUGCACGGUGACCUUUGCCCCUGUGACCAUGGCAACGACCCCUCGGCGGUGGACGACGUGACCUUACCGGCAGAGAUGCCGUUCCCUCCCCCACCAGCCGCUAACGUCGCCCCCCGGACCGAGCCGGACGCGACGGCCGCGCAUGACGACGGAUCGCGGUGGAGCGGAGAGCAGGAGAGCAGGAAGUGGCCCCUGGGGGCCAACCAGGGCCCUCUGCCCAAAAAGCCCUGGAUGGACACGCUAGUCUUGAAUAACCAGCACAAGCUGACCAUGCAGAAGAAGAGUCACUAUGGCAACACUAAACUGGAAGUUUGUAAAAUCCCCAGGGACCUAAACAACAUCACGAAACUGAAUGAGCACUUCAGUGCGUUCGGCACUAUUGUUAAUAUUCAGGUGGCGUUCGGCGGCGACCCGGAGGCGGCCCUGAUCCGGUACGCCUCCACCGGCGAGGCCCGGCGGGCCGUCAGCAGCACCGAGGCGGUCCUGAAGAACCGCUUCAUCCAGGUCCGCUGGCACCGGGACGGCCGCGAACAGGAGCCGCGCGCGCCUCCGGGACAGAGCUACAGCGCCCCCACCGGGCCACCGCACGCCAGCGUCCACAAGACCACGACGGCUUCUGUGUGCCUUCGGAAGACAGCCUACAGUUCUUCCAUCAUGAAGUCGACACCAAAGACAGUUGGAAAAGUGGCAAGAGCGUUUGAAGCUCAAAAAGCCAUGAAGAAGAAACAGGCAACCCUAAAAUUACAACAGGACAUGACGAGAGUUAAGCAAAGGAUGCUGGAGAAACAGAUAGAAUGUCAGAAGGUUCUGAUAAACAGGCUGGAGCGGACCCGGGCCGUGGGGCCGCAGGAGAGGGCCCAGAUCGUGAGGACGCUGAAGGAGCUUUCUGAGAAGAUCGGCCGGCUGAAGGAGGCCGUGAGGUCGGCCUCCGUCUCCACGGCGGGUUCUGCGGGGCCCGGUCGCGAGAUGCCGACCCAGAAGGAGCUGCUGGGUCCUGAGCUCGAUGUUCAGAAGAGGCUCAUCUCCGGAGAAGACUCGACAGACUUAAAGAAGAAACUCGGCCAGUUGCAGAUGGAGGCUGCACGUUUAGGGCUGGUCCCCGCGGGGGGAAAGGUGUCCUCUACGCAGGACGGUGGCAGGGGACGAGGGCGGGGUGUGGGGGCCCGGGGCCGGGGCAUGGGGGACCGGGGCGGAGGUCAACACCUGGUGGUGGAUCAUCGGCCACAAACGCCCACCGUCCUGGGGGUGACCAAUGAGGAGGAGAAGGAGCUGAGGCCUCACUUUGUGAAAUUUGGAGACAUUGAGGAGGUGCAGGAGCACAAUACUGCCAUGACUUUGAGGGCCCAGGGUGACGUGGAGAUCGGGGAAAACCAAGGUGAAAAGUUCAAAGGUCAGACUCUUCAAAUCACUUGCUACACACCUGAAGUGGCAUCUGAGCCCAUGAACCCAAAGGAGGACACUUCAAAGGAGGAGCCCGUCAGCUCCGUCUUACUUCCUGAUGAAGAUGACGAGGGUGAAGAUGACGAUGAUGAUGAUGAGGAUGAGGAGGACGAGCAUGAGAGCCGUUCAUGGAGAAGAUGAAAGAAUGAUGAUGUUCAGCCUUUGUUUUAUUUAUGAAAAGACUUAUUUUUAUGUACAGGUGUAUUUAAGUGGAAAUUUCCUGAAAACCAGUCUCAGUGUUUGUUUUGAGACUAAAGUAUCUAAAAUGAUAAAUAUCCAAAUGGAUCCUGCUUUACUGGUUAUUGGGGGGGGGGGGGGUGUCUUUGUGUGGGCUUGGCAUGUUGCAUUGAGUCCAGCAAAAUACUCUUCCUUGGUUUAAUCUGCAUGCACUUGUUUGUACAGAGAUUAAAAUAAGUGCCAGCUGCAUAUUUCUAUAUGUAUGCAAAACAAUAUUUCUAUAUGGAAGCAAUAGAUAAUUGAUAGAUUUUUUUAUGUUACAAGGUGCCUUUUGAGCUAUGUUACAUACUCUGUUUGAAUGCAAGUAAAGCAGUGGGUUUCAUGUAUUUUUAUUUAACUUUAAUAAAUUUUAUUUAUGUUUGUUCAGCCCUUCUUUAAAGAAUAAAUAGGUUAUUACUUAGCUGUGUGUGCUAAUUGGGAUAGGUUUACAUAGCUGACGUAUGUAUUAGGAUAUUUGUGUUUUGAUUUAAUUUUGUGUUUUAUAAUAUUAUGGACACACCUGACUUUUGUUUUUACUUAUCAGUUAUAACUUUAUAACAGUUAUAAUGUUUGCACGUUGACUUCUUAACUAUAUUUUUUCCCUUAAUUUUUGAUUCCAAAAAAAAAAAAACAUUUGAAAUGAACCAUUCCAAAAUAUCCAAUAUAAAACUUGUCUUGGUCUUUGUUUCUGUUCUUCUUUGCUUUUUAACCAUACAAAAUGCCACAUCUCGUCAAUUAAAUAGCCUUCCCAUUGAUAGGAUUGAAAACCGUUUAGAUUGAAAUUUCACUGUUUAUAAAAUGAACGUGUGAGCAAA